AUGGGGGAAGAGGCGGAGAGCACCUGCAAGCGCAAGGCGCCGGACUGGAGCGCGGAGGAGCAGCCGAGCCCCGCGCCGGCGCAGUCGCAGGCGGAGGCGGACCCGACGGCCAAGCGCCGGAACCUCUCCCGCUCGUGCGUCCACGAGGUCGCCGUCCCGAAAGGGUACGAGUCGGCCAAGGGCGAGGCGGUGCACGGGACGCUCUCCAACCCGGACUUCAACGGGGAGAUGGCCAAGCAGUACCCGUUCAACCUCGACCCCUUCCAGAGCACCUCCAUCGCGUGCCUGGAGCGGAACGAGUCCGUGCUUGUCUCCGCGCACACUUCCGCGGGGAAGACCGUCGUUGCCGAGUAUGCCAUCGCCAUGGCGUUCAGGGACAAGCAGAGGGUCAUCUACACCUCCCCGCUCAAGGCCCUGAGCAACCAGAAGUACAGGGAGCUCAGCCAGGAAUUCACAGAUGUUGGGCUGAUGACUGGUGACGUCACGCUCCAUCCCAACGCCACGUGUCUGGUCAUGACGACAGAGAUCCUCAGGGCAAUGCUCUACAGGGGCUCCGAGGUGAUUAAGGAGGUUGCCUGGGUUAUAUUCGAUGAGAUACAUUACAUGAAGGAUCGUGAGAGAGGAGUCGUGUGGGAGGAGAGCAUCAUUUUCUUGCCCCCUGCCAUCAAGAUGGUCUUCCUUUCCGCUACCAUGUCAAAUGCGACCGAGUUUGCUGAGUGGAUAUGCAGCCUGCACAAGCAGCCCUGUCAUGUUGUGUAUACGGACUUCAGGCCAACACCAUUGCAGCACUAUGUGUUUCCAAUAGGCGGUUCUGGUCUUUACCUUGUAGUAGAUGAAAAUGGCCAGUUUAGAGAAGAUAACUUUGCAAAGCUACAAGACUCGUUUGCUAAGCAAAAUAAUCAACUGGAUGGAAGGAAAGGUGGUGGGCCUAAAGCGAGUGGCCGGAUUGCUAAAGGUGGAAGCGCCUCUGGGAAUUCUGACAUAUACAGAAUUGUCAAGAUGAUUAUGGAGCGCAAGUUUCAACCAGUCAUAAUUUUCAGCUUUAGUAGAAGAGAAUGUGAGCACCAUGCCAUGUCUAUGUCAAAACUUGACUUCAACACUGAGGACGAAAAGGAAUGCAUUGAGCAGGUUUUCCAUAAUGCUAUUGGUUGUUUAGUCGAGGAAGAUAGAAGUUUACCUGCUAUAGAGUUGAUGUUGCCGCUUCUUAAGCGAGGUAUUGCCGUACACCAUUCUGGACUUCUUCCAAUAAUUAAGGAGCUGGUGGAGUUGCUCUUUCAAGAAGGUCUUGUCAAAGCUCUCUUUGCUACUGAGACAUUUGCCAUGGGUCUUAAUAUGCCUGCAAAAACCGUUGUUUUCACCUCUGUCAAAAAAUGGGAUGGUGAUACUAACCGCUAUAUUGGAUCUGGAGAAUAUAUACAGAUGAGUGGAAGAGCUGGCCGGCGUGGCAAGGAUGAACGUGGUAUUUGUGUUAUAAUGAUAGAUGAGAAGAUGGAAAUGAGUGUUAUCAAGGACAUGGUGUUAGGCAAACCAGCACCUCUUGUCAGUACUUUUCGGCUGAGCUAUUACACUAUUCUGAACUUAAUGAGCCGUGUAGAGGGCCAAUUUACCGCUGAGCAUGUGAUUAGGCAUUCAUUCCAUCAGUUUCAGUAUGAGAAGGCAUUGCCAGAAAUAGUUCAAAAGAUUACACGGUUGGAGGAUGAAGCUACCUUGCUUGAUUCUUCUGGAGAGACUGAUCUUGCUGAAUAUCACAAACUGGGGCUUGAUAUAUCUGAACUAGAGAAGAAAAUCAUGUCUGAGAUGAUUAGACCAGAGAGGGCUUUGUUGUAUUUGGUUCCUGGAAGGCUGGUUAGAGUGAGGGAUGGUUCAACAGACUGGGGAUGGGGUGUGGUUGUAAAUGUAGUGAAGAAACCUCCAGUAUCUGGGACUCUCCCCCCUGCAUUAAGUGCAUCGCGCAGCAAUAACUAUAUAGUUGACACCUUGCUUCACUGCUCCUCUAAUUCCAGUGAGAAUGGAUCACAUUCAAAGCCAUGCCCGCCUCGCCCAGGGGAGAAGGGUGAAAUGCAUGUGGUGCCUGUACCAUUGCCUUUAGUAUCUGGUCUAAGCAGUGUUAGAAUCAACAUUCCUCCUGAUCUACGACCACCCGAAGCAAGACAGAAUAUACUUUUUGCAGUGCAAGAACUAGGAAAGCGCUACCCCCAAGGCCUUCCGAAGCUACAUCCAAUCAACGAUAUGGGUAUUCAAGAACCUGAACUAGUUGACUUGGUACAUAAACUUGAGGACCUUGAGCAGAAACAAUGCUCUCACAGACUUCAUAAGUCUGGUCAAAGUGAUCAGGAACUAUCUUGGUACCAAAGAAAAGCAGACUUGAAUAGUGAAAUUCAGCAACUCAAGUCAAAGAUGCGGGAUUCACAGCUACAAAAAUUUAGAGACGAACUUAAGAACCGGUCCCGCGUUCUGAAGAUGCUUGGUCAUAUUGAUGCUGAUGGUGUUCUCCAGUUAAAGGGACGUGCUGCCUGUUUAAUAGACACAGGGGAUGAACUGCUUAUCACUGAACUUAUGUUCAAUGGUACAUUUAAUGAUCUUGACCAUCAUCAAGUUGCUUCCCUUGCUAGCUGCUUUGUACCUUGUGAUAAAUCAAGUGAGCAGAUACGCCUAAGAAAUGAACUUUCUAGGCCGAUGAUGCAACUUCAGGAGGCUGCAAGAAAAAUAGCUGAGGUACAAAAAGAAUGCAAACUGGAAGUAAAUGUGGAGGAAUACGUUGAAUCAACCUGCAGACCCUACCUUAUGGAUGUCAUAUACUGCUGGUCAAGGGGAGCCACCUUUGCAGAGGUGAUGGAAAUGACCGACAUUUUUGAAGGAAGUGUCAUAAGGCUUGCUCGAAGGCUGGAUGAAUUUCUGAAUCAGUUGAGAGCUGCUGCUGAAGCCGUAGGGGAGGUUAACCUUGAGAAGAAGUUCGAGAAGGCAAGUGAGAGUUUGCGUCGGGGUAUCAUGUUUUCCAACUCAUUGUAUCUGUAA